AUGAGUGAAUUCAUGGAUCCACAAGUUCAGAUGGUUUUGGCCUCUGUGCCCGCCGUGCUGUUGAUCCCAACUGUCAUGUACUGUCUACGGUUUCCAAUUCUUGGUAUCGAUUCUGGCUAUGAACCCAUUGGUCCAGUAUCUCAGAACGGAACUGGUCUUGAAUCAUCAUCUGAGCUUGCCUUGAAGCAAUAUCUGUCCAAACGUCUACGUUUGCUCAAUGGCGGACUUGUGUUGGCUAUCCUUCUUGGUGCUGCUGCUCAAACUGCAUCACUGGUAAUGGCAGUGAAUGCGGGUAUGUCCAGCUCCAAUGUUUGGCUAUCGCUGCUAACUCAGCCUGCAGUACUGUCCAAGCUUCUUGCUAUUGUAUCCUGGCUUGCUUUUCUUGGUACUUGUCCACUGGCUAUUCGCUCCAAUGUUGCCUUCCAUGGUGGUCUGUGGUCACUGUUUUUUGUUGCUCUGGGAAUGGUUGCUUAUCAGACUGUUUCCAUAUUUCAAGCCGUUAUGGAUGCAUCUCUUGCAUCUAAUCAGUGGUACUAUCUAUUGUGGUCAGAUGUAACUGUGGCUAUCAAUGGAUUGCUGCUGCUUUUGUCUGUCGGUAUUAUGUUUGCUGUCGGCUUGUUUUCUGAUAAUUCUUCUCUGAUUUUGUCAGCAAAGGCUUCUCGUGAAAAUGGUGCUUCAGUUAUUUCUUCCCUAUUUUUCUUUUGGCUUAAUGAUUUGAUUUCUCUUGGAAACAAACAAUUCUUGGAACAAGAUGAUCUAUGGGAGCUGAUUGAUGAUGACAAGACCGCUCUGCUCAUGGAUCAAUACAACGCCAUCAAGGAACGUAACCCAACUCGUUCACUUAUGUACAACAUGACUAGUGUUGUUUAUCAUCAUCUCUUUUUCCAAUCUAGCUGUGCAAUUCUCAGUGCUGUUUUUGGAUUUGCUGGUCCUUUUUUCCUUUUUAAAAUCAUUUCUCAUAUUCAAGACCCUGCAAACGGACCUCCUACCCAAGCCUGGUACUAUCUGAUUAGUCUUUUCGCAUGCACUGUUGCAAAAUCAUUGAUUGAUGGCCAAAUGUAUUUCACCGGACGCCGAGUUGGUACUCGUAUUCGAUCUAUUUUGGUUGCUGAACUCUACACAAAGUCGCUGCGUCGUGCUCAGGGUGCCUCAUCAGUUGACAGUACUUCUGAGGAAACUGAUCCCCAGGCCUCUCUGGGAAAAAUUGUAACCCUUAUGAGUGUAGAUACUGAGCGUAUCCGCAUGUUCGUGUCCUACUUUCAUCAAAUGCUUAUUGGUGAACCACUCUCUGCUAUCAUUGCAAUAGCUGGUCUUUUUAUAGUUCUUGGCUGGUCUGCCUUUGCAGGCGUGGUUCUCAUUGUUAUUAUUUCUUCCUGCGCUACUCCCCUUGGAAAGGCGAUUGUUACUAUCCAGGAAAAACUCAUGGCCAACACCGACAAACGCAUCAAUGUAAUCAAUGAAAUGUUACAAGGUAUUCGCAUUGUCAAGUACUUUGCUUGGGAAGAGUACUUUUCUGCCAAGAUUGCCGAGGCACGUGCUGCCGAGUUGCUUAGUUUAUUCCAUCUGUGGAGUGCCUGGAUCGGGUUUGGUAAUAUUGGAUCUGGAUCAGGUUUGCUUGUAGCUUUUGUUACGUUUGCAGUUUACACCUUGGUUGCUGGAAAGACUCUGGAUGUUGCUACCGCCUUUACUGCCGUUAACUUGCUCCAUGUUGUCAGUGGUCUUCUUUCUCACCUCCCUAAUGAGAUUAUGCAGGUUUUUAAAGCCAAGGUUUCAUUAGAUCGUAUCAGCGAAUUUCUCAAGGAGGAAGAGCUUGAAAAAUACCAGACUGUCACCAUGCCUCCUCGAUCUGAUUCUGAUAAUAUUUCAGACACGGACACAAUUAGCAACUGUGCUCCCGUUAUUGGCUUUCACAACGGUCAUUUCUCCUACUUUUCAGAUAGCUCUGCCUCUUUAGCUGCUUCUACAAAUACCACAUCUGGGGAUGAUUUAUCCAAAACACUAGCAGUCAAGAAUGUUACUGAACAUACACCGCUGAUCUCUUCUCAGAGUACUGAUGAAGCAUCCGCCACCAAUCCUGCUUUUGUGCUGCGUGAUUUAAAUAUUGAAUUUCCUGUUGGUGGGUUCUCUGUUAUCUGUGGUAGCACAGGCUCUGGUAAGAGCAGUUUGAUCUCUGCACUUCUUGGUGAAAUGAGACGUCUUCAAGGACGCAAUUACAUUCCAGAUCGCUGCACAUCUGCAGAUGAUCAAACUACUGGCACGUCAAACGGCAUCGCCUAUGCUGCUCAGUCCGCUUGGUUGCUUAAUGCCACAAUUCGAGACAACAUCCUGUUUGGUGAAGCAUAUGAUGAACAGCGCUACCAUCAAGUGAUUGUUGCUUGUGCUCUUGUCAAGGAUCUUGAAAACCUGGAAGGAGGUGAUCUCACUGAGAUUGGUGAAAAGGGAAUCAACAUGUCGGGUGGUCAAAAACAGCGCAUUGCUCUCGCUCGUGCCUGCUACUCUCACGCUUCGUUUGUUCUUCUUGACGAUCCGUUGAGUGCUGUUGAUGCUCCCACGGCUCGCCAUCUACUCAAGCGCUGCAUUCUUGAUGCCAUGCGUGGCCGAACCAUUGUUUUGGUCAGUCACGCCGUUUCUCUGGUUCUUCCACAUGCUGAUUUCGUUGCUGUCGUCAAGAAUGGUGAGAUUGUUUGUCAAGGAUCUCCUACAGACCUUACUCAAAAUGUUGAUGCCGAUGGUAUAUUUGGUCUCGAUCUGUCGUUUGACUCGCUCGCGAACGAAGAAGAUGCUGCUACUGCUACUAUUAGUGCCGCUGCCGACACUGCUGCCGUCACUUCUGUCAUGAAUGCCAGCGCCAUUAGCAAUGGAAAGAAAUUGGUCGAGGACGAGGAAAAGGCUACCGGAUCUGUGCGCGCCGAAGUCUACAAUACAUACUUUAAAGCUGCUGGUGGUACUUCUUAUAUUGUACUAUUCCUUUUGUCCUUCCUUUUGGUUUCCGGAGCUACUCUUGCUAAUGAUUGGUGGCUUAAAAUCUGGACGGAUCAAUCCACCACUGCAGCCAUCGCUGCUUCAUCUUCUGCCAAUUCGUCCUUUUCUAGUCUUGGCUCUCUUUCUUCCUCGAUUGGAGGGGUUGACAGCGAUCUCGGAUUCGCUGAAAUGCAGCAUAACUCCAAAUUUGUAAUGCUUUCUGUUCAGUCCGUUUGGUCGGCUCUUGGACAAGAAAGCAGUGCUUCUGCAUCUAAUCCUACUGCUGCAUUCACCACCUUCUCUGCCAUUCCAGAGCCUGCUUCCCCGGCCCUUACUCAGAAAGAUGCUAUAUUUUACGUGGGAGUGUAUGCCUUGUUUGGUCUAGGUGUGAUUCUUGCCAAUAAUAUUCAGCUGAUUAUUAUCUUAUGGGGUUCGUUUGUUGCUUCGCGUCGCAUGCACGAUACGCUAUUGGCAUCCGUCUUGGGAUCUCCCUUGCGUUUCUUUGAAGUCACUCCUAUUGGUCGUAUUCUCAAUCGUUUCUCUAAGGAUAUUGAAAACAUUGACAGUUCUGUGAUGGAAUCGAUUGAGUUUUUUGUUGCCAAGGUAAUCCAGGGCGGUACUAUUGUAUGUGUUAUUGGAGUCAUUACUCCUCCAUUUUUGAUCAUUGUCUUGCCAGUCGUGUUUCUUUAUUUGGUUGUUGCCCGUAUGUAUUUGAACACCUCUCGUGAGCUGAAGCGUCUCGAGUCUGUUUCUCGUAGUCCUAUUUAUGCCCAAUUCUCUGAAACCCUAACUGGUGUCUCUACUAUCCGUGCCUAUGGUGCCGAAGACCGAUUCUCUACAGAUAACAAUGAAAAGGUGGAUUUGAAUCACCGUUCAUUCUUUUUCAUCUGGGCUGCAAACCGAUGGCUUUGUCUUCGUACAGAGCUGAUCUCUGCCGCCGUAGUACUAUUUGCUGGUCUUGCCGUCAUUUUUGGUAACAUUGGCGCUGGCUGGGCUGCUCUUACUAUAACAUAUGCUCUAGAUUUUACAAAUGCUUUGCUGUGGACUGUUCGUAUGCAUGCUGAAAUGGAGAUGAGCAUGAACUCUGUUGAACGUGUCAAGGAAUACACUGGCAUUGAACAAGAGCCUCCUGCUAUUAUUGAAUCCAACAGACCGGAUCCAUCAUGGCCUGCAGAAGGUUCAAUUGUAGUCAAAGACCUAUCGAUUCGAUAUGCAGCCGAGCAGCCUGAUGUGCUUAAGAAGUUGAAUUUUACCGUCAAAGGUGCUGAAAAGGUUGCUGUUGUUGGCCGUACUGGCGCUGGAAAGUCUACAUUGUCAUUAGCCUUUUUCCGUAUUAUUCCACUUUCUGGCGGUUCUAUUGAGAUUGACGGUGUUGAUAUUGGUGAGAUUGGUCUUUUCGACCUGCGCUCUCGCCUUACCAUCAUCCCUCAGGAUCCAGUUCUUUUUACUGGUAAUUUGCGUACCAACUUGGAUCCUCUUGGUGAGCACGAUGAUGCUUCGCUCUGGAUGGCGCUUCGCCGAGUUCAUUUCCUGGACUCGCUUCAGCAACCUCAAUCUAGCACUGCUACACUUAUACAAUCCCCUUCGUCUUCUAGCUCAAUGGUGGAUUUGGACGAUAGUACUUCAACUGUCAUGGCACCUUCCUCUGUGCCAACUGCAUCUACAAUUACUUUGGAAUACCCUGUCAACGAAAAUGGUGGCAACUUUUCUCAGGGUCAACGUCAGCUUCUCUGUCUUGCUCGCGCCUUGCUUCGUUCCACCCGUGUCAUAUUUCUUGAUGAGGCUACUGCCUCUGUCGAUAAUGACACAGACACAAAGAUCCAACAAACCAUUCGACAAGAAUUUGCACAUGGUACUGUCAUUUGCAUUGCACAUCGACUCCGCACCAUCAUUGAUUAUGACAAGGUUCUUGUGCUUGAUCACGGUAAAGUAUUAGAGUACGGAUCUCCUAUCUCUCUUAUUGAAACGUCACCUAUAGCUGCAUUUAGAAAAAUGUGUGAAGAGACUGGCGAGUUUGAUGAACUUGUGAGACUGGCUCGUGAGGCUGAAAACAAGCGCUUGUCUGUUGAUCACAACUGAGCGUUUAAACUUUGCUAUCGGAAUGUAGACAGCAAGACUAUAUUUCGUCCUUUUCAUUAUUCUUUGUAAUUAUGGGAUGGACAAGAGAUUUUUAGGAUUUAAAGACGAAAAAAUAAACACCACACAUCUCU